CACAACGCCCGAUUGAGCUUGUAAUUCAAGUCCAGCAAAAAUACCACUUCUAGAAAGCAAUGCGCGCGCAAAAAUUAGUAUUCUGUGUUUCUAAACAUGGCAGGUCGUAGUGGUUUUGAUGAUGGAAAUCCGAGGGAUUACGGUGGCGGGAGAAGGACCGCCGGCGGUCGCCCCUUGCCUACAGAGCCACCUUACAAAGCCUAUGUUGGAAAUCUACCAUCCGGAAUUAUACAAGGAGAUAUUAACAGAAUCUUUCCCGACCUGAAAAUUAAAAAUGUGAGGUUAGUAAUGGAUAAGGAAACUGAUAAAUUCAAAGGCUUCUGCUAUGUGGAAUUUGAAUAUUUGGAUGAUUUGAUCAAGGCAAUUGAAAUGAAUGGUGCCCUUAAUGUAGAUGGAAACUGUGUUAAAAUUGAUGUAGCCGAAGAAAAGAGAAAUGAUAGGGGAGGUUUCGACCGGGGUCGGCGAGAUGGUGGACGCGAUGGUGGUCGUGGGGGAUUCAGACGGGAUGGAGGCCGUGGUACGUACGACCACUUCGAUGCCGUCGGUCGCGGCCCGAGGAACCAGGGUGGAGGGUUCACACAUGACCGCGAGCGAGGAGGAGGAGGAGGCCCUGGUGGUGAAAGAUGGACCGAGCGGGGCCCACGUGGGUCCUCAGAGGAACCCCGUCCGGGCGACUGGGGCCGAAUGGGGCGCUCGGGGCCUGCCCCGCCCCCUGGUGGAGCUCCACGCCCAAGGAGGAACUUUGACGAUAUGCCGCCCGCUAGGCCUGAUACCACUGGUAGGCCAAAACUAAAACUAGAGCCAAGAACAGUUAAGGAGCCAGUUAACUCACUGGCGGCCACAAGUCAGGCCUCUUCCAUAUUCGGCGGCGCGCGACCGCGGGAGGAACGACUUAAAGAGAUGAGGGAGUAGAUACAAGCUCUAAUAAAAGCCGAUAAUACCCUCACGUGUAUCAACUCUUAUAAAAUCAUAUCAUAUAACCUGGUGAACUGCCAUGAAAAUAACAUGUGCUAUGUGUAGAGACACAUAACUUUGCUUCGGGAACCUGUAAGGGACGGUUUUUUAUAAGUUUUAAUUAUUUGUCUGUUAAGUGUUUUCUUAUGGUUUGAUAAUUACAAAACACUUUUUUGGUUAAAAAUGUAGUAAAUGCAAGUAAUUUUUUUGCUUGUCGCUUUUCUGUAACAGCUUUUUUUCCAUCUGUCUACAUUAAAAUAGGAUUUGGAAAUAAAAACUUAUUAUAUAU